AUGAACAGGGGCAUUGACUGCUUUCAAAAUCCACUCAGGUCCAAGUGUCAGCUGGCGCGCUCGCAGGCCAUGGAGUCCAGUGUUCAUACUGACACAGUAGCCAUCUUUAUCCCAGAAUGCAAUACAGACGGAAGCUUCAUCCAGGUGCAGUGCCACAAUCAGACAGGCUACUGCUGGUGCUCCACUCCAGAUGGGAAGCCUGUCAGUGGCACCUCUGUCCUGCAUCUCAAACCGAACUGCACUGGCCAUCUCAUUGAGUCUGUACAGGAAAGUGCCUCAGAAUCAGAAUCAGAGCAGAGAGAUGUUAGUCAGUGGCAGCCGACCCCUGACCCUGAGAGACUGCAGCCGCCACCUGUAGUAGGGAUCACGGCUCCUCCAUUCUGGGUGACGAUUCAGCUCAACUCUGACCCAAAAGGCAAUCGCUUCGCUAAACGGCCUACGGAGCCAAAGACAUGUGAACGAGAGAGAGCCGCCCUGCUGGCAGAGGUGCGCUCCGUGUGGCAGGAGGAGCGCUUUGUUCCAGAGUGUUCCGCGGACGGCCGCUACAGCACCAUCCAAUGCCAUACUGCUACGGGCUACUGCUGGUGUGUGCGGGCUGACACUGGCCGACCACUUCCUGGCACCUCCACCAGAAACCGGUUGCCAGACUGCAGCCCCGAGGAGCCCCAAUCCAGCCACACAACCAACACCUACAGGGACAGACCUCUGCCAGGCUGCCCAGGUCCUCGUAAGGCUGUGUUUCUCCAGAGUCUGGUUCAAGCCCUGCAGCUCCAGGCUCAGCAGGCAGGACUGAUCCCCGCAGAGAGGAUGGUGGAGGAGAGCCGACCCCCGCCGGCGUCUCCCAGCCCUGCGUCUCCCAGCCAUGCGUCUGCCCCUGUGUCCCUUGCAGCAUCAGGACCCGCGGCUGCAGAGAGCGCCCUCCAGUGGCACUUCCUGCAGCUGGACGUGGACGGCGACGGGGUGCUGAGUGAACGAGAGGCCCGUCCUCUACGCCAGUUCCUGCGCAGGACACUGAAACCAAGACGCUGUGCCAAGAAGUUUGCCCAGUACUGCGACCAGGACAGAGACAGAGCGGUCAGCCUGGGGGAGCUCAACACGUGCCUCGGCCUGUGAAGGGAGGACAGGGGAGCUUUCUCCUAGUCUGUCUGUCUGUCUGUCUGUCAUCUAUACAGCCUCCCGUCUGCAAAAGUAUCAUCAUUCAGCCAGGACCAUAUUGCCCAGCUUUACCAAGGAGGAGGUUUUAUUAUGUUAUAUUAACAUUGUUGUCACAAAAGUAUUUGUUUUUAUUGUACGUAUAUGCUUUUAUAAAUAACAAUGCCUUUUAUCUGAUAAUGGCUCUAUGGCAGCAGAGAUGUUUGUCAGAACCAGGACUCUUGAAAGCGAUUGAUUUUCGAUGCUCUGAUGUUAUAUUUCCCACGCAUUUACUUUGUAUGAGUCAAUAUUUGUUUCUUACAUUCUGUUUUCUGUGAUAAUGUUGUUGUUAUUGAAUCUACUUUCUCGUUAUCAAUACUACACUCAUAUGUGUUUUGCUGUAUUCAGAAACUUUAUUUCAAUUUGGAGUCCUAUGUUAAAUAAACUA